AACUUUCAAAGAAUCACGAACAAGGCGGGAAAGUUGGUUAUUCGUUCUGACCAAUCAAUCCACUCGUGUAGCAACGCUGCAGGCGAGUGUGUACAGCGGAGAGGGACGAGGAAGCGAACAUAUUAGUCUAUAAGAUAAACGACGAGUUAUUUUUUCAAAUUUUUACCCAAGGAGGUACUUCAGGGCAAACCAAGAACGAUGACUGGCUCGAACGAGUACAAACUGAACCAGGGACCAGAGGACAGUAUCUCUGCUGUUAAGUUCAGCCCCAGUACAGGCCAGUUCCUUCUAGUGUCCUCUUGGGACUGUACUGUCCGGCUCUACGAUGUGGGGGGCAACUCCAUGAGGAUCAAGUAUUCACACCUGGCACCUGUGCUGGAUUGUGCUUUCUAUGACCCUACACAUGCCUGGAGCGGAGGAUUGGACACGCAGUUGAAAACCCACGACUUGAAUACAGAUCAAGAUACAAUAGUUGGGACACACGAUGCCCCCAUUCGCUGUGUGGAAUACUGUCCAGAGGUCAACGUCAUGGUAACAGGUAGCUGGGACAGGUCAGUCAGGCUGUGGGACCCCAGAACCCCCUGCAACGCUGGCACCUUCACACAACCUGAAAAGGUGUACACCCUCUCUGUGGCUGGAGAACGGCUGAUAGUGGGGACAGCAGGGAGGAGGGUGUUGGUCUGGGACCUGAGGAAUAUGGGUUAUGUCCAGCAGAGGAGAGAGUCCAGUCUGAUGAAAUACCAGACACGAGCCAUCAGGGCCUUCCCUAACAAACAGGGCUAUGUCCUGAGCUCCAUAGAAGGACGUGUUGCCGUGGAGUACCUGGACCCCAGCCAAGAGGUGCAGAAGAAGAAGUACGCCUUCAAGUGCCACCGGCUGAAGGAGAACGGGAUUGAACAGGUCUAUCCUGUCAACGCCAUCUCCUUCCACA